CAGUUUGGGAUGUAGAGCAGCUCUCAUUCAUACUUCUGGUGGGAUGUUUCUGCUUGGCUGAGUCUCAGAGGGCUGAAGGAGGGAGAGAGGAGUGGGAGAGAGAGAGAAGAGAGAGAGAGAGACUCAGAGGUGCAGAGGGAGUUAAGAUGCAGAACCAGACGCAGAAAAUGGGACCUGCUGCCACCUCGCUCGCUCUGCUGUGUUUGUGUUUUCUCUAUGUUUCUACAGAGACGGCGGACGCUUCACCAACACAGGCUCCUCAGCAAGAGGUGAAGAAGGCGAGAGGGGAUGUUCCUGAUACUCUUCCAGAGCCUGAACCAGAGCCAACCAGCCCAGUGUCAGACUUUGAAAACUCAUACAACUAUGUCUUGUCCAGACUAGCCGGCAUGGACCAGGCGAUCCACAAGCUGAAUGUGGGUCACUACACCCUGGAUGUUAAAGUCAGUCAGCUGAUGGACCGUCUGUCCAGGGUGGAUGCGAAAGUCGGGGAGCUGGAGGACAGCAUCCAGGAGGUUUACCAGCACAGCAAGGACAACAGGAAAGAGAUGGGAAGACUGGAAGGCUGCCAGAAAGGACGCAGGUUGGGAUACAAAUGUUACCUUGUCUAUAACAGCUAUCAGGAUUACGCCGGAGCGUCCAGGAAGUGUCUGGAGCGAGGUGGUCGGAUGGCAAUGCCCCGGGACCGUAGGGAGCAGGAGGCCCUCGCCGACUACGUCAAGUCGUUCUUCCACCCGGGGAACUGGCCCGUGUGGCUGGGCAUCAGCGACCUGCGAUCGGAGGGCAUGUACCUUUUCGAAGACGGGACGCGGGUGUCUUACUUUCAGUGGCGUAAACACUUCCUGUCCAGCCAACCGGACGGAGGGAGGCGGGAGAACUGUGUGGCCAUGUCGUCGGACGACGGCGACUGGUGGGAUCAUUACUGCGACCGCACCAUGAACUAUGUCUGCGAGUUUGACGACAGAGUGGCUCUCUAAGACUCUUCUCCAAUCACAAUCUCCACACUCUCAGACUCAGGGACUUUAUCUCGCGUUCCCAGUGUACGUGUGAGUGCUUAGGACUGUCCCACUGUCAUUUCCUAAAUGUGUGAGGGCUCUGAAGUGAGAUACAUUAGCAGCGUAUUUAUGCAAUUUAGACCAUUUGCAGGAGUUUCCCUGCAGUUUUUGGUGAUUAACAGCAAGAAAUGACCCAACAACGGUUGCCAAGGACAUUCUUUUUUUUGUCAUAAUAUCAGACAGGUAUUGAUAUUGUUUGAUUUUUACUCGUAUCAUUUCUAACUUUAAAAGUCUGGAUUCAUGACUACCCCAGUCCGCAGACUUCCCUGUUGGACUUACCCAGAGUUCACUGUCAACUUGUUACAUACAGAACAUGAUUGUCCACCCCACCACUAAUUGUAAAAAACAAAUGUCCAAUACUGAAGACAUAGUGUUAAAAAAGAAAAAGGAAAAAAAAAAGAUACAAUUUAUUUACAAAAAAAAGUAUGGAUUUGGGGCUCUAGUGGGCGCGGUGGUUGGUGCGCGCCCCAUGUGUGGAGGCUGUGGUCCACCGGGCGGGCAGCUCGGGUUCGGGUCCGACCUGUGGCUCCUUUCCCGCAUGUCGUUCCCUUAUCUCUCUAUCUCUCUUCCGACUCUAUCCACUGUCCUAUCUCUCCAUUAAAGACACAAACCCCCCCCCC